GACGUUUCUUUUUCUGACGACGGGCGGGAUAUCCGCAGUAGUAAACUAGCUAAUAACAUGGCGAAGACUUACGAUUACUUGUUUAAACUACUUUUAAUCGGCGAUUCAGGCGUCGGAAAGACCUGUGUACUAUUCAGAUUUUCAGAAGAUGCCUUCAACUCUACGUUUAUCUCUACUAUAGGUAUUGAUUUCAAGAUCAGAACAAUAGAAUUAGAUGGCAAGAAGAUCAAGCUACAGAUAUGGGAUACAGCAGGACAAGAGCGGUUCAGGACCAUCACGACAGCCUACUACAGAGGAGCCAUGGGCAUCAUGUUAGUGUAUGACAUAACCAAUGAGAAGUCCUUUGAAAACAUCAAGAACUGGAUACGGAAUAUCGAAGAGCAUGCUUCAGCCGAUGUGGAGAGGAUGGUCCUUGGGAACAAAUGCGACGUCAACGACAAGCGACAGGUGUCCAAAGACCGAGGGGAGAAGCUGGCGCUCGAGUACGGUAUCAAGUUCAUGGAGACGAGCGCAAAGGCAAACAUCAACGUGGAGAAUGUGAGCUCAAGCUUUUUCUGCGGUUAUUCAUUCACAGCUGGGAGUAUCUUAACUAAGAGAUGAGUUAUGAUACUUUGGUCCUCGUUGUCUGUGUG